UACUUAAAAGAAGAAAUGCGUGAAAUUUGUCACUUGCAAGCUGGCCAAUGUGGAAAUCAGAUUGGCGCAAAGUUUUGGGAAGUAAUAUCCGAUGAACAUGGCAUUGAUCCAACUGGAUCAUAUCACGGAGAUUCCGAUCUACAGUUGGAAAGAAUCAAUGUCUAUUAUACCGAAGCACUUGGUGGUAAGUACGUACCUCGAGCAGUGCUUGUAGAUUUGGAACCAGGAACUAUGGAUUCUGUAAGAUCUGGACCUUUUGGUCAAAUAUUCCGACCAGAUAACUUUGUUUUUGGACAAUCUGGCGCAGGAAAUAACUGGGCUAAAGGACAUUAUACGGAAGGUGCUGAAUUAGUGGAUUCAGUGCUAGACGUUGUCAGGAAAGAGGCAGAGAGUUGUGAUUGCCUACAAGGAUUUCAAUUGACCCAUUCGCUGGGUGGUGGGACUGGCUCUGGUAUGGGUACACUUUUGAUAUCGAAAAUUCGCGAAGAAUACCCGGACAGAAUUAUGACUACAUACAGUAUUGUCCCUUCACCGAAGGUAUCUGAUACAGUCGUGGAACCAUACAAUUCCACGUUAUCCGUGCAUCAGUUGGUAGAAAACACCGAUAAAACAUUUUGUAUUGACAACGAAGCGUUGUAUGACAUAUGCUUCCGGACGUUAAAGCUCACAACUCCUACGUACGGUGACCUGAACCACUUAGUGUCAGCGGCGAUUUGCGGCGUGACUACGUGUUUUCGGUUUCCCGGGCAGCUCAACUCAGACCUCCGUAAGCUGGCUGUAAACAUGGUACCAUUCCCACGGCUGCAUUUCUUCAUUACUGGCUUCGCGCCGCUUACGUCCCGUGGAAGCCAACAGUACCGUGCGCUCACUGUUCCUGAAUUGGUGCAACAAAUGUUUGACGCCAAGAACAUGAUGGCUGCAUGUGACCCUCGGCACGGUCGGUAUCUGACGGCUGCGAGCAUAUUUCGGGGACGUAUGUCCAUGAAAGAGGUCGAUGAGCAGAUGCUCAAUAUACAGACCAAGAACUCCAGCUACUUCGUUGAGUGGAUACCAAACAACACAAAGACAGCGGUGUGUGAUAUACCACCCAGGGGCCUUAAGAUGUCGGCCACAUUCAUAGGGAACACAACAGCUAUCCAGGAAAUGUUCAAGCGCGUUUCCGAACAGUUCACGUCAAUGUUUCGACGCAAGGCGUUUUUGCAUUGGUACACUGGAGAGGGAAUGGAUGAGAUGGAAUUCACCGAGGCUGAGUCAAACAUGAACGAUUUAGUAUCCGAAUACCAACAGUAUCAGGACGCGACUGUAGACGAGGAUGGCGAAGGAGAUGACGACGAUGAGGACGCCGAAGCGUAA